AUGUUAAUGAAUCAUCAUCGGCGCGAGGAACUGAUCAGAUUUGUUCGCAAGAUUGACGCCCUGCUUAUCCGUGAGGAUGUCGAUGACUUUCUCACCUUUGCUGAGACCACGGAAUCAUACCCAACAGGUGCCUUCAUGCGUCUGAUCGACAACAAUCCCUCACUUGACAAAGGUCCUCACAGCUCAUUCGGGGAUUUAGUGAGCAACGAAUCUUUCAGCAAGCUUCUAAUCCCUGGUUGUCGUGUUGGUUGGGCUGAAGCAAACGAGUCUUCCUUUUACGGGCUUUCACACGCCCAGGUCAAUUGA